AUGUCGCAUCCAAAAGAAAUUGACAAGUCGAUCGCAACUGAUACUAUUAUAGAUGAAAUCAAUUCAUCUCCUAACGACGAACAAAUCGAUUCAAUUUCUUUCACUUCUGAAGAACUUCAAACUACGAUUUGUAUUGAAGGUGAAAGUUCCAAUUCAACAAAUGAAUCAUAUUGCAGUAACAUAAUUGAAGAAUCUGAAUAUAAACCAGAUGUCCCUACAGAAUUUGUACCAGUUGUAAACAGUGUUUUCAAAUCACUAAAUUUGGCAGUAAAAAUGUAUACUGAUUAUGCAGAAAUGGCAAGUUUUCAUACAAGACUGAGUAGCCAAUCAAAAUACAAUAGCCAAAUAAUAAAAGAAAAAUAUGUUAUAUGCAAUAGGGGUGGCAAGGAUAAACCAAAACCUUGUGAUAUGUUGGCUACAAGUUCUGUCAAGAGGAAACCAAAUUCAAACAAGAUAAUUACUGGGUGUACAACAAAGAUUAUAUUUGAAAAUUUUUAUGGAACAACAGAUUACAAUGUUAAGAAAUUCUUUGAAAUGCACAACCACCCACUGGAAAGUAUUGAGGAAAGACCUUAUACAAGAAAGGCAAGAAAGAUGUCAUAUUCUGAAAAAGAGUUUGUAGUACGUGCAUCAAAAGCUAAAAUUGGUCCGACAAUGGCUCACAAAAUACGAGUAAUUUUAAAAGGAGGAUAUGAAUAUGUAGGGGCGAAGGUAACAAACUACAAAAACUUGAGGAGAGGAGUAAAUAGAAUCUUAUGUUACAAGGAUGCUCAAAUAAUGAUAAACAAAAUGAAUGAUCGUAGAGAUCAUUACCAAAAUUAUUCAUUUGAGUUCCUAUGUGAUGGAGAUCUGUUGGCUGCUAUGUUUUGGGCAGAUGAAAGAGAAAAGGCUUUUUAUGCAGAGUUUGGAGAAGUUAUAUCUUUUGAUGCAACUUUUAGAACAAACAAGUAUAAAAUGGUAUUUGUUCCAUUCACAGCAGUUGACCACCACAAGAAAUCAGUUACUGCUGGUGCUGGGUUGCCGAGUAGAGAGACAAUUGAGUCGUAUGAAUGGCUGCUUAAAGAUUUUCUUAGAGCUCAUGAAGGGAAAGCACCAAAAAUUGUUCUAACUGAUCAAGAUGCAGCAAUAAAACAAGCAAUUACUGGCGAUUUAUUUAAAAACAAAGACUUCAAGAAAAGAUUUAACAAGCUUGUUUGGAACAUGCAUAUCAAACCUGAUGAAUUUGAAAAGAAGUGGGAUUUGAUUAUUAAUGAAUUCAAUCUGGAAGAUAAAAGAUGGUUCAAUGACAUGUUUGAAUUACGUGACAAAUGGAUACCUGCAUACUUCAGUGACACAAGAAUGUCUGGAUUGAUGAAAACCACUUCAAGAUCAGAAAGCAUGAAUUCCUUCUUCAACACUUACUCUCAAUCUGGAAAUUUACUUUUAAAUUUCAUGAUGAACUAUGACACAGCAAUUCAAAAACAGAGAAAUACACAACAAGAGCUUGAUCAUCAAACAAAGAAGAAAGAAAUCUAUAAAGAAUUUGAGGUAGAAAUAAAACUUCCAACAAAUGAUGUAAAAUGUACAUGUGAACACUUCAACCGCUUUGGGACUUUGUGCAGACAUGCAUUCAACAUACUCAUGAAACAUGGAAUUAAGGAGAUACCUGAACAGUACAUUGAGAAUCAUUGGAGAAAGGAUGUGAUAUCAAGGCAUUAUAAUUUUGGUAGACAUGUAUAUGAUACAGGAGACAGUGAAAUUAACAGACGUGUCAAUCAAGCAUACUACAACUUUGAAGCACGUUUGGAAUACGUAAGAAAAAAUAAAGAAAAAAUGGAUUUGUUUGUUAAAAAAACAGAAAGCAUGCUGAAGGAAUAUGAAAACGAUCCUACAAAUGAAUUGCAGAAAAAUAGGACAGAUGUUGAAGAGGUAGGAAAGCUUAUGGGCAUAACUAUUCCAAAAGACAUUGACAUCAAUGUUCCAAAUGUUCAAAGCAAUAAAGGAUGCGGAAAGAAAAGUAGAAUUCAAAGUGCAGCAGAAAUAGCGUAUAAAAAUUCAAACAAGCAAACAAGAAGAUGCUCAGGAUGUGGAGAAAGGGCUCCUCAUAACUUGCGGACAUGCCCAAUCAAACUUGCAGCAGAAUAA